AAUUAUCCUUUUACAACUUUCUGUUAAGUUAUUCUCUUUCUUUGACCAAAUUUCAACGAAAACCCCCUCAAUCAUAAGUCAAUUAGAUCACAAUCAAACGAUUCUCAUUUAAGCUUCAUAUUUUUCAUAUUACAAAAUUAAAAUUAAAAUCUAUUUUGUUAAGCCGUUGGAUCAAGAUCGGAGAAUGACGUAACCGUAUGAUUACAUGAAAAAACAGCAUAAAGUUGUGUUUUCGACAUUUCUGUUCAUUAUAGUGAAAUCACUUGUAUCAUUAACCAAACACACUCUUUAUUUCUCUGUUCUUUUCAGAAAAAGACACAAACAAAUUUGGAAAAGAGAAUAUUCUUUCAAUCGAUCGAUGCAGACAGCAUCAUCUGGUGGGAAUUUGGUUCCCCUGAAUGAAAUACAGCUGGAGGAAUUCCACAGGAGGCAGAGUAUAUCAGCUGGAAAUGAGAGGCUCAUGAGACCUGAUCAGGUAAGCGAAUUAGAACACGUGUUCAAGCUCUUUGAUAAAGAUGAUGAUGGGAAAGUUUUGCCGGCUGAGUUACAACAAUGCAUGGAGGCUUUGGGUGAGAUGUUUUCCCCACAGGAUGCAGCAGUUGCAGUGGCAUUUCUUGACAAGGAAGGUGAUGGGCUGUUGGAUUUUGAUGAUUUUGUGUGGCUUGUGGAAGCUGGAAGGAACGAGGAAGAUAAUCCCUCUACGAAUCUGCCUUUACAUCGUCCAUGGAUAAGCUUAAUAAUUAAUAAGCCUAAGCGUUUUGGGAAUAAUCCUAAGAUAAGUCCAAGAACCAAUGUACUACUUCCUUUAUCCUCAAACGAUUUGGUAAACACGACACUGCAACAAAAUGAUUUUACUUGGAAGGCUUUUAUGGGUUUUCUACGUGGGAGUGUGCGUAAUCUUUCUCCAAAACAACAUGGAUUCUUGCUAUUGUUGUUCGGUGGCAUCCUAAGUUACCUCACAAGAAACUCUACCAAUCCAUUUGAAUCCUUCCAAUUUGGCAAAACCACAAACACACCAGAGUCACUAUUAAGCUUAGAGGAAGCAUUUUAUGCUUUCCCACUAGAACUGGCACAUAUAUCUGGGUUCAUGAUAAGCUAUAUUAUGAUGUGGUUGCUUGUUUUGCCGCUACAUCCAGGAAUACAGAUAUUUUUGGGGCUACUGUUGAUUUUUUCACCAAUCUUUUACUUUGGUCAGCUGGUGAGAAUGGCUUCAAUUUCGGGAGUUCAUGUGGAUUGCGGUGGCGUCUUCAAGUUGCCUCUGAUUUGGUUUGCAACUUUAGGUGCUGUUGGGCUUUCUCUUGCUAUUGGGUUAGUGUUAUUGCUAGUUGUUUACUUGAGCUGGAGGUUCAUACAUAAAGGGAAACCAAAAGUUAUAGAAGUUAGAUCAGAUGAUUUGUCGCCUUUAAUUUUGGAUGAAUGAGUGACCUUAUAGACUUGAGUGUUUGCUGAUUUCAAUAGUUUUUCCUUUCUAUUUUCUGGAAAUUGGUUAAGUAUAGGGAACAAUGGAACAUUUGAAUGAUGAUUGAAUGUGUGUAAGUAAUUUUUUUAAAUAAAAUUAAUAGAAUAUCCAUGCUUACACACCGAUAAGGUGGUUGACA